AUGGAGCUCGAGAACGGCACAGAGGUGACGGAGUUUGUGCUGUUGGGGCUAUCCCAGACCCGGGAGAUCCAGCUCUUCCUCUUCGUCUUGUUCCUCGUCUUCUACUCCAUAAUCCUCCCAGCUAACAUCCUCAUCAUCCUCACCAUUCGGGGAGACCCUCACCUGGGCUCCCCCAUGUAUUUCUUCCUGGCCAAUCUGGCCUUCCUGGACAUCUGCUACUGCUCCGUCACCCCCCCAAAGAUGCUGGCUGACUUCUUCUCUCACCACAAGACCAUCUCCUAUGGGGGCUGCAUGGCCCAACUCUUUUUCAUCCACUUCCUGGGAGGGGCGGAAGUUUUCCUGCUCAUGGGCAUGGCCUUUGAUAGGUACGUGGCCAUCUGCCAUCCCCUGCGCUAUGCCAGCAUGAUGAGCAGGGAGGUCUGCUGUGCCCUGGUUGGGGCUGCUUGGGCCGGAGGCUUCACGCACUCUAUCCUGCAGGUGGUGUUGAUCAUCCGGCUCCCAUUCUGUGGCCCCAACGAGCUGGACAAUUUCUUCUGUGACAUCACCCAGGUGAUCAAACUGGCCUGCACUGACGUCUACGUGCUGGAGUUCUUCAUGUUCUUCAACAGUGGCCUGGCCAUCUUGAUGUGCUUCUUCCUCUUGCUCAUCUCCUAUGGGGCCCUGCUGAUCCGGCUGCGUGCGGGUGACCCCUCAAAGGGGACAAGCAAGGCGGCCUCCACCUGUGUCACUCACGUCAUCAUUGUCUUCAUCAUGUUUGGCCCGGCCAUCUACAUCUACUGCCGGCCCUUCCGAAGCUUCCCCCUGGACAAAGUGGUGGCCGUGUUCCACACUGUUGUCUUCCCGCUCAUGAACCCCAUGAUCUAUACACUCAGGAACAAGGAGAUCAUCAGUGCCAUGAAGAGGCUGCUGAGUAGACAUGGGCUCUGGAGAGGGAAAUAG